AUGCUUCAGUUUCUUGCGUUUUUUUGUGGUGCUGAUACGACCGUAUCUUGCGCUAUCGUUUACAUUCAUUUUUUUUUGUUGAUAUAUCACUGCAAAAAGAAGCCUAAUGGUGGCAAAUGUGAUGAUCCUAAUGCACAAUUUACUGAUGGUUCGUCGGCAAAUGGAAGUUUUGGUUUAUGGUAUGCAAAUGUUACUUUUUCGACUGGUGAUUAUGAUUUAUUAACAAUGACUUCACCAUUACGUAAAGAUGAUUGUUUUUAUGUAUUUCAUGAAUGUGUUCAUGUUCAUGGAACGGAACCUCAACAUCGAUGUUCACUUUUAGUUCGCAAUUUCACUGGUGGUUAUACAGAAUAUAUUCAUAAAGAUCCAAAACUUGUUCCACAAUGUCAGAAAUCUCUCCUUUCACCCGGUCUUGAAAUUGAAAUUGUUACCAAGAUCAACUGA